UCCAUUGCUCACAACUUUCCACCAGAAGUCUUCAUAGCUUUUCGUGUGUUCAACGUUUAUAUGAUGGACGAAUGUGACGAGUCGUCGGACAUUGAGAUGGUGUCUAUGGAAGAGAGUAUACAUGUACAAGAAAAACCAAACGAUCCUAUUAGGACUACCGUAAAAGCAGAGCCAUGUACGCAGGACAGACGUAUUGGCAUAUUUGUGACAGGUAUUGAUACAUUCAGCAAAGAAGAGAAACUAAAGAUGGAAGAACGAGCAAAGCGUUUUGGUUUGACAGAAAAAUUAAAAAACUUAUUCUCUGAUCAAGAAAAAGAUUUAUAUAGCAGUAUGGGUAUCACAGAUGACGAUCAUAUGAAAAAUAUUAGAUUAAAUGUUAUUCAUGUUAGAGGCACUGAGGAAAUGAGUACCAAAGAUGUAUUGAAAUAUUUUAAAGAUUAUGCUCCACAGUCUAUUGAGUGGAUCAAUGAUAUUUCAUGUAAUGUAGUUUGGUUUGAUAACUUGUCAGCAGCCAGAGCUAUGUUGGGAUUAUCAAGAAAAAUAUUAAAUAAUACCAAAAAAUAUUCAGAUGGAAAUCUUAAUCCAGAAACUGAUUCUGAAGAUAGGAAAGAUUGUAAAGAUGAUGAUUGGAUAGAAAAUGGGAAAAAUAAGUUUGCUAAUAUAGACAAUGAUAAAAAGAGAGAAAAUUAUAUAAACAUUAAAGAUAUAGAUUAUCCGUUACCUCCUGGCACAUGGAGAAAAGGGAUUGAUUACCCAAAAUCUAAGGGAAUAUUUUUAAGAUUUGCUACCAGAAUGGAUAGGAAACAGUCUAAUGCAGAAAAAAUAAACGAAUAUAAAGAAUACGGAAGCACUAAUUUCAGAGGUUUCAAAAAAGCCCUAACAGAAUCUCGUAAACGUAUAUACAAGCAAAUUCAGCAAAAUAAACACAAAUUAUCGACUGAAAAUAAAGAUCAAAAUCAAAUGAAGAAUCCGUGGGGUACAUUGUCUGAGACAUGGGGUUUAAAUGAUGUUGUGGAAGAUGACUUUCUCCCAAGAAGUGAUCAAGACCAUGGACGUAGCAUAAAAGACAGAUUAGGUACUAAAUCUUUGGAUAAGGACACAACACAAGUGAUGGAAUUAGGAGAAAUUAGCUCAAGCAGUGAUAGUGAGGAGAAUUGGUGUAAGCGAAGCAAAGUUUUGCGAAUGCGAAUGCAUGCCGAUGACGAGGAGGAAAAACAGCAAAAACGACGAGCAAAACUUCGAUAUCAGAUGAUUCUUAAUAAUUUAAAUAAUAGUGGUGAUUUGCGAUCAAAGCUGAAAAAACCCAGAACAAAAAUACAGUAUCAUGAUCCUAUUCAAGUAAUAGUCACGAACACGGCCCUAACAAAACCAAGUUCUUUGAAACAUGAUAAUAGCUCUAAGAUAAUAUGGAAGCGAAAUCGUCAAAUAAUGAAAGAAAUCCAACCAUCGGAAAGGGAAGAAGGAGAGUGGCAAGAAUCGGAAAACGAAAGUGAUCAGAAAAAAGAAGAUGAAAGGAUUGAUCAAAGUCAAUAUAGGCAAUACACAUUAUCAGAAGACAACCAGAAAAAAAAAGAGGAAGGACAAGAAGAAGAGCAAGAGGAGGAAGAAAAGGAUGAACACAGAGAAGACGAAGAGGGUAGUGUUGAAGAAGACAGUAAUGUGCCUGCGAAGGAAAUUCAGGGUCCUAAAGGAAGUGUGAUAAAAGUAAUCCCACCCAAGCCACGUAUUGCCUCCACUGUAUGGACAAGAUUAAAUCACUUAAAAAGUGAAAUUAAUGAUAGCUAUCUGACAAACAGACAAUCGAGAAGUCAUGAUUUGAGAAAUACUUUGAAAGGCGGUGACUUACGAUCACGCAUUGGAAACCAUACCAGAGGACGUUCUCCACUGAGGAUAGAAGUGAAAAACGAUAAAUAUACAAAAAAUGAAAGCGACGGAGAAUGAUUGCAAUCCAAAUGAAUAAUAUAGUUCAUUUGUUUAACAGUCUAACAUUUGUAAAAAGAGCGUUUAUUACAUCGGUUUAUGAUUUUUGAGAUA